AUGGUGGUAACCGUUGAAGAAAUUCUCCAGGCGGUCACAACUAUCUCCAAGAUACGAGAUGAAGACAGAAUCCGUCUACGCGGCCAUCGCAACGAACUUGAGUUCGCCUUCCAGUCCCUCCAAAAGGUGCUAGAACCUGGGCUUCAAUCGACUGAUCCUUCAACAAAUGGAAGAGCGAUUCAGUCGGCCUCACACACUGUCCGAAGUCCAUCCAACUUGGAUACCCCGUCUAGUAACGUGUCUGGGGACACGAUACCCAUGUUAGCCGGCCAAGAUAAAGCUGCCGAUCUGGAAGCGGUCGGUGAGGGGACAGAAGUGCAAAAAGCGGCGACAAAAGGAGUGUCAAACUCGGUAAAAGAGGUGCUAAGGCUUCUGGACAAGAAGAGGGAGAGCAUCUUUGCGUUCCAAUACGAGCCGAAAGCAUGUUCUGAUUAUGAUAACGAAGACAUUCGCGUUACUAUUAUCAAGUCCGUCACGCUCAAACGAACCCCAUCUGACUACUUUCGGGCUGGGCUAUGUGCGAUGUCACUGGCAGAUGAUUUCACUGACUGGCAAGUUCAGGCUGGACGGCCCAGACGACUGGAUGUCUUGUACAAUGAUCUUCACGACAAGACUGGAUCUGUAUAUCGAGCAUAUGCUGACACAUGCACUUCCAUUGAGGACAAAGAAUUGGCAGCGGAGUUCAUCGAGUUCGGCAUCAAGUUGCGGUUUUUUGAAAUCCUCUGCUGGGUGCGCUACAGAGUCUCGACGACUUAUGCCUCUGAAGCUGCUGCGCGCUCCGAUCUCCUGCCGCAAGGGAAACCGGCCAUCAUCUACCCGCUUUUCUUUGUUUGGAGGAGCUUCUACCGUUGCCGAUACGCAGAUCUACCAGCCCUCGCGAAUACUAUUCUUUCUUCCCAAUAUUGGAGAGACUUGGCCGAGACAAAAGACUGGCAGCCAACUGAUUGGCAGGGACUGAUAGCUACGCAGAACAGAAAGCGCACCGCGGCUCCACAGCCUUGUGAAGACCGAUCGAAGCGUCAAAGACAGCAGUUGGAAUCUCAAGCCGCAUCUGAGAGCCUUCCCUCGCUGUCUUCGCACGGUAUAUCAGUCUCCGAUACUCAAACCGUUGGCCCUUGGAUCUUUCCAGAAAAAGCCCGGCAUGUCACAACGAGAAGUAUCUGGCCUCUAGGCUGUAACCUGUUUCCAGACCAGCCGCAGGACCUGGCAAGCACGAUAUUCCCUGAUAUGUUACGAGCCACGCCAGCCCCAGAUCCUCUUACACCGGGUGGGCUUGACCUCUCGACGCCGGAAUUGGAUAGUGCAGUAAAUGAGAUGCUGAUGACUCUAAACAACAAUAUGAACAACCAACCGCCAACGUGA